GGUACCGCGCCCGGAGCGCAUGCGCGUACCGUUCGCCAGCAGAAUCUACCACGAAAUCACGUCCAUCACAUAUAAUUUAUUACAAACUCUAGUAAGAAUGUUGCUAUAAAUUAAUACGAUGGUUUGUAAAACACGAAAAUUAGUGCGCGUCACAAAAUUGCUCUUAGCUGGACUGACUGUAAUCUGUGUUAGUUGGAUAGCUUCUGUGAAUGAGUGGCAUGCCAGAGUUCGAUGGAGAAACAGACAAGUGGAUAAUGAUCAUGGAAUUUCUACAAUGAGAACUAUAAUCGCAUACUCCCAGGACAUUCGAGAGGAGAUGGAUCGGCCCUCGCCCGUCAGAUGCGACCGAUUGCCGGCUUUCCCGGAAGUACCGAGUAUUAAUCGCACGUGGACAGCUGACUCGUCAAAUUAUGGCACAUGGCAACGUGUUACUGGUACAAAAGUGUCAAUUUACUCGGCGUUCUAUGACGAUCGUACAUCGCAGCCCUACAUUCGUAUCCUGGCCUUUUUUCACGGUCGCAACGCUUCAGCUGAUCAAACACUAUUCUGCCAAACGAGGUCACUCGACCCAAACGAAAAUUCGGUAGAAGUUGUCGCAGCGAAACCGUUGGAAAUUUGGUGGCACGAAUGGGAUGUUCAAUCAACUGAUAUCGACUAUCCAUUUCUGCUGUCAUGUCCAUUAACAGGACCACUAAAUGGACCCACAUUAGUUUCACUAGUUACGGAGCCGUGUCUUGAUCCCACAAAUGCGCACCCGCUAAAACAUAGUCUGAAAAGGAAUCAACAAAAAAGGAUAUUCACAAUAUGUGUUAAAGAUUUGAAUUUUGAUAAGGAUAUCUCGCAAAAUCUAAUAGAAUGGAUAGAAACCAAUAAAAUACUCGGUGUUGACAUUAUCGAUGUGUACAUCGGUAAUAUAAGUAAAGAAAUAGAAAGUAUCUUACAACACUAUCGCGACGCGGGAUUCAUUAGAUUGUUCCAUGUUCCUAUCAGAAACAAACCUGAAAGAUCUCUAUGGCAACGAAGGAGAGAUCAUAUCAUAACUUACAAUGACUGUUUAUAUAGAAACAUACAAGAAAGUGAAUUUAUUAUACCAUUAGAUAUCGAUGAAAUAAUUAUGCCUAAGACCGCAAACUCUUUGCCUGAGUUAUUAAAACAUUUAGUCAAACGAGGUUGGAAUCCUAAAGAAUAUUCCGCAAUUAUGAUCAAAAACGUUUUCUUUUUUAAAUUUAUGCAAAAAAUAAAUAAGAAUUAUUAUAAUUAUAAAAAUAAGAGCAAAAGAUACGCAAAAAGGGAUGAUGUCCGAAUAAGAUAUGCAAGGAGCACCAAAAUCCUAGAUGAAAACAAUUCAGUACAUUUGUUUGAUAAAAAUAAAUUAGGUAAUAAAAAUUCAGUAGAUGUGAACGAACUACAGGUAUAUUAUGAAAAUUACAAUUCCAGAUGCGGCCACGACAUGCCGACGUCUAAAUUAAUGACUCAUGUAAUAAGUUCAGCAUUCAUUAGUCCUAUAGGAUUUUAUAGUAAAAGUUUUAUGGUCACCGAAAGAGUAUUAACAGCGUUCAAUCAUUACCCUCUUGCUAGUCUUGGAACUUCAGGAUUCGACGGUUGGCCUGCACCAUUCAAAGAAGUUCAACUUAAUCAUUAUAAGGAGUCGUGCAACGCGACCGUCGUGCCGGAGUGCGAGCUGUACCAACGCGACGUCCGCCUCGAUCGAACCGCGCUGCGAUUGAGAAAAAAACUGAUCGAAGCACUAUCAAAUUCCAUCUGUACAUAAAUAAAUAUCUAAAUAUAA